AUGACAUGUGGGUUUUUCAUUGAUGGCAAUAAAGAAGAGUUAGAAGAAAGUGUUGAAAUGAGAGAGUUUCCAAAAAAGAGAAUGAAUGAGUUUAAUAAUGAAGUUUUUGCAAAUAAUAGAAUAGUUGACCUUGAAGGUGAUGUAUUGGAAAUAGGUUUCUAG